AUUUUCCCGAAGUUGGCGACGUUGGGGACACCGUUACUCGCUCCGGGGUGUGGUGAGUAAGCCACGGCCUCUCACCUCAAGGUGACCCUGGUGAUGGAUCGCCAUUUCAGAGAACUAGACGAUCCGGAGGUUCCCUUCAAGGUGUUGGGCUGAGAUGGAUCCGCUCAGGGCCCAACAACUGGCAGCGGAGCUGGAGGUGGAGAUGAUGGCUGACAUGUACAACAGAAUGACCAGUGCCUGCCACCGGAAAUGUGUGCCUCCCCACUACAAAGAAGCAGAGCUGUCUAAGGGCGAGUCUGUAUGCCUGGACCGAUGUGUCUCCAAGUACCUGGACAUCCAUGAGCGGAUGGGCAAAAAGUUGACAGAGUUGUCUAUGCAGGAUGAAGAGCUGAUGAAGAGAGUGCAGCAGAGUUCUGGACCUGCGUGAGGCCCUAGACAGUAUACACCCUGGGUGCACCUUGCCCCUUCCCACUUGUCUAAUAAAAGUGCCCCCUUUGGGUGUCAUAUGUGAAGACUGCCGUACUCCUUUUUGGAGCAUCGCCAGGAGCUCGAGUGUGGUAGAGCCCGCUCUUGGUUGACGAAGGGGUAUUUGUCACACUGGUAUGUGACUUUGUAUGCGUGUGUGUGUGUAUUAAAACAAGUUUG